GCGUGGACGUAGCGUGGAGGACAGAGUAAAUUAUUCGCACAGGGAAGCAAAAUAAAUAGAAGAACUUGGUACUUUGGUUUGGUAGUUACUGUGCCUGUGGUUUUAAAUAAUAGCUACUAUGAGUGAAUCAUCAGAAGACGAACUUAAAGAGAAAAUCUUAAGUAUUGCAAAGAAGAAUCCAAAAGGUAUUACUGAUAAUGAUAUAACCACAGCUAUACCCGAUCUCACAGCAGCCGAACUUGUCGCCACAAUCAACAAACUAUUGCAACAGGGGUGUUUCGAUAUUUAUAAACAAGGAGGCUCUUUGGUUUACAGGUUAAAAGCUCAGUCAAGUAAACAAGCUGUUAAAGGAGCAGAUAAUGAAGAAAAAGUUGUAUUUAACUUGAUUGAAGAAGCAGGAAAUAAGGGUAUAUGGAUUCGGGAUAUAAGGAAUGGUUCAAAUCUUGCUAAUACACAACUAACAAAGGUACUGAAGAAUUUGGAGAGCAAGAAACUUAUCAAAGCUGUUAAAUGUGUAAAUGCCUCCAAGAAGAAAGUGUACAUGCUUUACAAUUUAGAACCUGACAGAUCAGUGUCUGGAGGUGCUUGGUACCAAGAUCAGGACUUUGAAUCUGAAUUUGUGGACAUACUUAACCGACAAUGCCUCAGAUUCCUGCAACAAAGGGCUGACAAAAUAAAAAAUAAUCCAAGGGGACCAAUAAUUGGGAGAACACAAUCAUAUGCUACAGCUGUAGAAGUUCAAAAGUAUAUAACGGAUCUAGGCAUAAGCAACGUAAAACUAGAAGUUGAAGAUGUGAUUACUAUAUUGAACACUUUAGUCUAUGAUGGUAAAGCAGAGAGUAGUGUGUACUCUGAUGGCAGCAAAGUCUAUAGAGCGAUUGAGGCUCUUAUACCAUCUCCUGGCUUAGUGCAAGUGCCUUGUGGUGUCUGCCCAUUAAUCCACAAGUGUUGUUCUACAGGUCUUGUAACUCCACAAGAUUGUAUUUAUAUGGCUGAAUGGUUAGAGCAAUAAAAUAAUUACAAAAAGAAA